AUGGAUUUGAUCAUGAUGUUUAUGGUUCCAGAAUUGAGAAGAGGGAACCUGUCUACCUGUGGACAAGGUUGUUGUGAAGAGAUGAGAGCUUCUCUGGUCAUUGAGAGCCCUUUGAGAUUCUAUAAGAGAAAAUGGAGUGAGGAAGAAGAGGAGAUCUUUGUAAAUCCCCUUGCAUUGCAUCCUGAGCGAGUUUUGGUAGCAACUGGACAAGUUGGGAAAGAACCAUAUAUCUGUGUUUGGGACUCAUACACGGUGCAAACUAUAUCAGUGCUUAAGGAUAUUCAUACACAUGGUAUAGCUUGCUUAUCAUUCGACUUGGAUGGGCAACGCUUGGUAUCUGUUGGACUGGAUUCAAAAAAUGCAAUCUGUGUUUGGGAUUGGAGAAAAGGAAAAAUGUUAUCCAUGGCUCCUGGGCACACAGACAGAAUAUUUGACAUUUCUUGGGACUUGUAUCAACCAAAUAAACUUGUCAGUUGUGGUGUAAAACAUAUUAAGUUCUGGAGUUUGUGUGGAAACUCUUUGACUCCAAAGCGAGGUGUCUUUGGUAAGGCUGGUGAUCUUCAGACAAUAUUGUGCCUUGCCUGUGCAAGAGAUGAAUUAACAUAUUCCGGCGCACUCAGUGGGGAUGUCUAUGUAUGGAAAGGAGUCAAUCUUAUACGUACAAUACAAGGAGCACAUGCAGCAGGAAUUUUCAGCAUGAAUGCAUGUGAGGAAGGAUUUGCUACUGGGGGCAGAGAUGGUUGUAUUCGCCUCUGGGAUUUAAGUUUUAAACCAAUUACUGUAAUUGAUCUCAGGGAAACAGACCAGGGAUACAAAGGUUUGUCUGUCAGGAGUGUUUGUUGGCGAGGAGAUCAUAUCCUAGUUGGAACACAAGAUAGUGAAAUUUUUGAAAUUGUGGUGCAUGAACGAAAUAAGCCUUUCCUGAUUAUGCAGGGACACUGUGAAGGUGAACUUUGGGCCCUGGCAGUGCACCCAACUAAGCCUCUGGCUAUGACCGGAAGUGAUGAUCGAUCAGUCAGGAUAUGGAGCCUCAUAGAUCAUGCAUUAAUAGCAAGAUGUAAUAUGGAGGAACCAAUUCGUUGUGCAGCUGUCAGCACAGAUGGAAUCCAUCUUGCCCUUGGGAUGAAGGAUGGUUCUUUGACUGUACUUCGAGUAAGAGAUAUGACAGAAGUUGUUCAUAUUAAAGAUAGGAAGGAAGCUAUUCAUGAAUUAAAAUAUUCACCAGAUGGAACUUUCCUUGCUGUUGGAUCAAAUGACAGCUCAGUUGAUAUUUAUGGAGUUGUCCAGCGGUACAAAAAAGUUGGAGAAUGUGUUGGAUCCCUUAGUUUCAUCACUCAUUUGGACUGGUCUUCAGACAGUAGAUAUUUACAGACCAAUGAUGGAAGUGGAAAAAGACUGUUUUAUAGGAUGCCAAGUGGAAAAGAAGUUACAAAUAAAGAAGAAAUGAAAGGUGUUCAAUGGGCUUCGUGGACUUGUGUUUCAGGCCUUGAGGUUAAUGGAAUUUGGCCCAAGUAUUCUGAUAUCAAUGAUAUAAAUUCUGUAGAUGGAAAUUUUAUUGGCCAAGUUUUAGUUACUGCUGAUGACUAUGGAAUUAUAAAACUAUUCCGAUAUCCUUGUUUAAGAAAAGGAGCCAAGUUUAAAAAAUAUAUUGGUCAUUCAGCUCACAUAACCAACGUUAGAUGGUCUCAUGAUUAUCAGUGGGUUAUUUCUAUUGGUGGAGCAGAUCACUCUGUCUUUCAGUGGAAAUUUAUUCCUGAGAGAAAACUAAAGGAUUCCCUUCAUAUAGCACCGCAAGAAAGUCUCGCUGACUCUAAUAGUGAUGAGUCAGAUUCAGACCAAUCUGAUGUCCCAGAACUGGACUCUGAAAUUGAACAAGAGACUCAGAUCACGUAUCGUCGACAGGUUUACAAAGAAGAUCUACCUCAACUUAAAGAGCAGUGCAGAGAGAAACACAAAACUGCCACGUCUAAAAGAAGAGUAGGAGCCCCAGGACAGAGUAUUCGGUUACAUUUUGUGCAUGGUUACAGAGGCUAUGAUUGUCGUAGUAAUCUGUUUUAUACUCAGAUUGGUGAAAUUGUGUACCAUGUUGCAGCUGUGGGUGUAAUUUAUAAUCGACAACAAAAUACACAACGAUUUUAUCUGGGUCAUGAUGAUGACAUUCUCUGUCUGGCAAUUCAUCCUUUGAAAGACUAUGUGGCAACAGGCCAGGUGGGUAGAGAUCCCUCAAUACACAUAUGGGAUACAGAGACCACUAAACCAUUGUCAAUAUUAAAGGGCUAUCAUCAAUAUGGUGUUUGUGCUGUUGACUUCUCAGCGGAUGGCAAACGUUUGGCUUCAGUUGGAAUAGAUGAUAGUCAUACUAUUGUGUUAUGGGACUGGAAGAAAGGGGAGAAACUCUCAGUUACAAGAGGAAAUAAAGAUAAGAUUUUUGUUGUGAAGAUGAACCCAUAUAUGCCUGACAAAUUGAUUACAGCUGGUAUUAAACACAUGAAAUUUUGGCGGAGAGCAGGGGGAGGAUUGAUUGGGAGAAAAGGCUACAUUGGUCCCCUGGGGAGAAGUGACACAAUGAUGUGUGCAGUAUAUGGCUGGACUGAAGAGAUGGCAUUCUCUGGAACUUCAACAGGAGAUGUGUGUAUCUGGAAAGACAUUUUUCUUAUAAAAACUGUCAAAGCACAUGAUGGACCAGUAUUCAGUAUGCAUGCUCUGGAAAAGGGCUUUGUAACUGGAGGAAAGGAUGGAGUAGUGGCUCUCUGGGAUGAUUCCUUUGAAAGGUGCCUCAAAACUUAUGCCAUCAAAAGAGCUUCUUUAGCUCCAGGAUCUAAAGGUCUUCUUUUAGAAGACAAUCCCUCUAUACGUGCCAUAUCAUUGGGACACGGUCAUAUCUUAGUAGGCACAAAAAAUGGAGAAAUAUUGGAGGUAGAUAAAAGUGGGCCAAUUACUCUGCUGGUUCAGGGACACAUGGAAGGAGAUGUGUGGGGUUUAGCUACCCAUCCUCAUUUACCUAUUUGUGCAACUGUAAGUGAUGAUAAGACCUUAAGAAUAUGGGAUCUGUCUCCUAGCCAUUGUAUGUUAGCUGUCCGGAAGCUGAAGAAGGGAGGGAGGUGCUGUUGUUUUUCUCCUGAUGGUAAAGCUUUAGCUGUAGGUCUCAACGAUGGAAGUUUCUUAAUAGUGAAUGCAGACACCUUAGAGGAUCUUGUCUCUUUUCACCACAGAAAGGAUGUUAUCUCAGAUAUUCGCUUUUCACCUGGUUCUGGGAAAUAUCUAGCCGUGGCAUCCUAUGACAGCUUUGUAGAUAUCUAUAAUGUAAUGAGUAGUAAGCGAGUAGGAAUCUGCAAAGGUGCUACCAGUUACAUAACACAUAUUGACUGGGAUUUAAGAGGAAAGCUUUUACAGGUCAAUACUGGUGCUAAAGAACAAUUAUUCUUUGAAGCUCCCCGGGGGAAAAAACAGAUUAUUCCUAGUCUAGAGGUAGAAAAAAUUGGUUGGGCAUCGUGGACAAGUGUGCUUGGCUCUUGUUGUGAGGGAAUUUGGCCAGUAAUUGGAGAAGUCACAGAUGUAACUGCCUCUUGUCUCACAAGUGACAAUGUGGUCCUAGCUACUGGUGAUGAUUUUGGAUUUGUGAAGUUAUUUCGGUACCCUGUUAAAGGAAAAUUUGGAAAGUUUAAGAAAUAUGUAGCCCAUAGUACACAUGUCACAAAUGUUCGCUGGACUUAUGAUGACAGCUUAUUGGUCACAGUAGGAGGUCCAGAUACAUCUCUUAUGGUUUGGACAUAUGAAAUAGAAGGUUAUCGAGAAAAAAGACCAUGUGAUAGUGAGGAAUCUGAUAUAGAGUCUGAGGAAGAUGGAGGAUAUGAUAGUGAUGUUACAAGAGAGAAUGAAAUUACUUACACCAUCAGAGCCUUAUCAACGAAUAUCCGACCAAUGUUUGGAAUCAAGCCUCAUUUACAACAAAAAGAACCUACACUGGAUGAAAGGCAGGGAGUAGUCAGACCACCAGUUAGUAGGGCAUUACCACAGCCUGAAAAACUUCAGACAAAUAAUGUUGGCAAAAAAAAGAGACCUAUCGAGGACCUCGUGUUGGAACUUGUUUUUGGCUAUCGAGGCAGAGAUUGCAGGAACAAUGUUCACUAUUUGAAUGAUGGCAAUGAUAUAAUUUACCACACUGCAUCUGUUGGGAUCUUACACAAUGUGGCAACAGGCUCUCAGAGUUUUUAUCAGGAACAUAAUGAUGAUAUUCUGUGCCUCACUGUAAAUCAGCACCCCAAAUUUAUCAACGUAGUGGCAACUGGCCAAGUAGGAGACUCAGCAGACAUGUCAGCUACCGCUCCUUCUAUACACAUCUGGGAUGCAAUUAACAAGCAGACUUUGUCUAUAUUACGAUGUUAUCAUUCAAAAGGCGUAUGUUCUGUCAGCUUUAGUGCUACUGGCAAAUUGUUGCUUUCUGUGGGUCUGGACCCAGAACAUACCAUUACCAUUUGGAAGUGGCAAGAAGGUGCCAAAAUUGCCAGCAGAGCGGGCCACAGCCAGCGUAUUUUCGUAGCAGAAUUCAGACCAGAUUCAGAUACUCAGUUUGUUUCAGUAGGAGUAAAACAUGUCAGGUUCUGGACCUUAGCUGGAAGAGCUCUUCUUAGUAAGAAAGGACUGCUGAGUACAAUAGAAGAUGCCCGGAUGCAGACGAUGCUAGCUGUAGCUUUUGGAGCAAAUAACUUGACAUUUACAGGUACCAUCAGUGGAGAUGUAUGUGUGUGGAAAGACCAUGUUCUGUGUCGUGUUGUGGCCAAAGCUCAUAAUGGACCUGUCUUUGCGAUGUAUACAACCCUUAGAGAUGGGCUUAUAGUCACAGGUGGCAAAGAAAGACCGUCAAAAGAAGGAGGAGCAGUUAAGCUUUGGGACCAGGAGCUGAGGCGAUGCCGUGCCUUCAGACUAGAGACGGGACAAAUUACAGAUUGCGUUCGCUCAGUGUGCAGAGGCAAAGGAAAGAUACUAGUUGGGACUAAGAAUGCUGAAAUAAUUGAAGUAGGAGAGAAAAAUGCAGUGUGUAACAUUUUAGUUAAUGGUCAUAUGGAUGGGCCGAUCUGGGGACUUGCAACACAUCCUUCAAGAGAUUUUUUCCUUUCUGCUGCAGAAGAUGGCACAGUAAGACUCUGGGAUAUUGCUGAUAAAAAGAUGCUAAAUAAAGUCAAUUUGGGUCACGCUGCCCGUACUGUGUGCUACAGCCCUGAAGGGGACAUGGUAGCUAUUGGCAUGAAAAAUGGAGAAUUUAUCAUUUUACUGGUGACUUCUCUAAAAAUAUGGGGAAAGAAAAGAGAUAGGAGAUGUGCCGUCCAAGACAUCAGGUUUAGUCCAGACUCCAGAUACUUAGCUGUGGGUUCUAGUGAGAAUGCGGUGGAUUUUUACGACCUAACAUUGGGCCCUACCCUUAACAGAAUCAGCUACUGCAAAGACAUCCCAAGCUUUGUUAUUCAAAUGGACUUUUCUGCAGACAGCUGUUAUCUUCAGGUCUCCACUGGUUCAUACAAACGGCAUGUCUAUGAAGUGCCUUCAGGAAAACAGAUGAUGGACCAGGCUGCCGUUGACAGAAUAACUUGGGCUACGUGGACUAGCAUUCUAGGAGAUGAAGUAGUUGGAAUAUGGUCAAGACAUACUGAGAAAGCUGAUGUCAAUUGUGCCUGUGUGUCUCAUUCAGGAAUCAGCCUCGUUACUGGAGAUGACUUUGGCAUGGUCAAGCUAUUUGACUUUCCAUGUCCAGAAAAAUUUGCAAAACACAAAAGGUUCUUAGGUCACUCUGCACAUUUGACCAAUAUUCGGUUUACAAGUAGCGAUCGAUACGUUGUUAGUGCUGGAGGAGAUGACUGCAGCUUAUUUGUCUGGAAAUGCAUACAUAUGCCACACUGAAGGAGACUGGAAGAAUACAAUAAGAAAAGCCUUGGCAUGAUCAAGAAAUGGUGCUAACCCCAAGAGAAACCAAAAUUGGGGAAAUGCCUAGAAUCUUAACAGAAAGAUAAUCAACUCACUAUAUCUGCUGUAGUACUUAAAUCAUAUUGGUAAUCUGUUCACUGCCAGAUCAAAAUAAUAUUCAGAUAAACCACAGAGUUGAAUGUGGACUUCACACAAGAGCAAGGAUUUUAUUUUAAGCAAAAGUUAUUAUUUC